AUGACGACCAUUCAUCCGGACUCCACCGAGGAGUUCGAAUAUAUCCAGACUCCGGCUGCCCCCGAGCAGACCAAGCCUGCCUUCGACUGCGGUGUCCCGACUACCUUGUACCCGACUAUUAAAAAUGCUCCCGUUCCCGCCGAUUCACCCGGCAGCGACAGCUUCUCCAAUGGCUUGAUGAUCGCUCUGGAGGUCAUUGUGCCCUGGUGGUUGGCUCGCCAGGUUGGUGGGGGUUUCUACACCACCAUCUUCUUUGCUCUCUUCACCUCCGUUCCCGUCCUGGUGGCCUUCUGGGCUGUCUCUUCCUCUGUUUCUCCUCGCAAGACUGAGAAGGCCAAGUACUGCGGCCGCCCCGUCGAGCACUACCUGCAGUUUCACAGCGAGCACGAUCGUGCUACCUACCGCGGCAAGAGCAAGAUCCCCAUGGAGGUCUUCUACGAGAAGUACUUCAAUGGCGAGGUUGACUUCAAGGGUGAUGCUCUGGAGUGCCUCGAGUACCGUCAUGAUUGGGCCAACUUCAAGUUCACCACUGGUCUCUUCAAGCACUUCCUGUUUGGCUUCAUCCCCGAGAUGCUGAUGCACACUCGUUCUCAGGAUGAGGAGCAAGUCCGUGAUCACUACGACCGAGGUGACGACUUCUACGCUUGGUUCCUUGGCCCACGCAUGAUCUACACCUCCGGUGUUAUCAGUGAUAUCAACAAGGAGGAGACCCUCGAGGAGCUCCAGGACAACAAGCUGGCCAUUGUUUGCGAGAAGAUUGGUGUUAAGCCCGGUGACAAGGUCCUCGAUCUUGGCUGCGGCUGGGGAACUCUUGCUAAGUACGCCUCGGCCCACUACGGCGCUCACGUUACUGGUAUCACUCUUGGCCGCAACCAAACCGCAUGGGGUAACAAUGGCCUUCGCAAGGCUGGAAUCGAGGAGGACCAGAGCCGCAUCAUUUGCAGUGACUACCGCGAUGCCCCCCCGUGUUGA